AUGGGUGAUUCGCUUGACGACCUUCACCGUCGAUCUCCUCCCUUCACGACCUUCACCGCCGGCCGCCUCCGCAACCACCAUCUUCUUUGCCGAUUUAUUGAACUUUCGAUUCUAGGACGAGGACCAUUGAGCCAGAGAGGGUUCUUUGCAGCUAAGCAUAAGAAAACAUGGAAGGAGUUUAUUUGUUACAAUGAUACCAUAGAUGCAAAGACUCUUGAUAGAAAUGCUACAAACAAUACACAGUUUGAGGCGAUGGUUAAAACCUGGGCCCAAAUGAGGAAGAGCAUGUCUGGUAUCAGUGCACUACUGCAUUUAGUGACGGAAUACCUACGGAAAGUCCGUUGCUAUGUUGGUCUGUAG